UCUCUCCCUAGUCCCUACCUACGGCGUCUCUUCUCUUACCAUCUAAGACAUUUAAAACCAUAAAACCAACAUGUCCGACAAAUCCAACAUCCUCAUCUUCGGCGCCACCGGGGCCAUCGGCUCGUACAUCACACAGGCGCUGCUCGACGACCGGGCCCACUUCGGCCGCUUUGCUGUCUUCACCAGCCCGCAGUCGCUGCAGACCAAAACCGAGGUGCUGGACAAGCUGCGCCGCCAGGGGGUCGAUAUCCUGGUGGGCGAUUUGGGGAAUGCGGACGAUGUGCGCAAGGCUUAUGCCGGAUACGACACCGUCGUCUCAGCCCUCGGCCGCACCGCCAUCGCCGCCCAGAUCCCGCUCAUCCAACUGGCCGCCGAAUCCGAGACCGUUCGUCGCUUCCUCCCCUCCGAGUACGGGACAGACAUCGAGUAUGGCCCCGCCUCGAAGGACGAGAAGCCGCACCAGCAGAAGCUGAAGGUGCGGGCGGCGCUGGCCCAGCUGCGCGACCAGCUCGAGUACGCCUACAUCGUCACGGGCCCGUACCCCGAUUAUCCGUUCUGGCUGGCCGCCCCGGGGUCGGAGGAGGCGGCCAAGGCGGGGUCGUGGGACGUGAAGGCCCGGAAGGCGGUGGUGGUUGGGGAUGGGGAGGGGAGGGUCAGUUUCAGUGCGCGGGUGGAUGUCGGCCGCUUCGUCGCCCACGCGCUCACCCACUGGGACCAGGCGCGGUACCGCGCCCUCAAGCUCAACUCCUUCACCACCACCCCGCACGAGAUCCUGCGCGAGUUCGAGUUCCAGACCGGCCAGAAGUGGGAGGUCGAGUAUACUUCGCUGGACGAGCUGCGACAGCUCGAAGCCCAGGCGUGGGAGCAGGGCGCCCCCCAUGCGACGACGUUCACCCUGCGGCGCAUCUGGGCCGAGGGCGGCACCCUGUACGAGCGUCGGGAUAAUGAGGACAUCGGGGUCGUGGCGACGCAGUCGUUGCAGGAGUUGGUGCGGGAUUCAAUCCAUCGGCAGUUGGAGCAGUAGGUCGGCGGAAAUGGGGAUGAUGGGAAGUCGGGGGAAGGGAUUGUUAGUGGCUUCGAUCUGGGUCAGUUGUAAUAGCAGGCUGUAUGAUACUUCUGGCUGAAGUGGUUGCUGCCCUCUGGGUUUGUUGCAUACGCCGGUUGUAUAAUGCCUCCGAUUGAGGUGGAUAGGAUAGUGCUGGGCUGUAGUUCUGGAUGCAUCAUGUACGCUUUUGACAGCUUCUGUAUGAAAUGCUGGUUGAGAUAAUACCAGGUCAGUUAUAGUGGGAGCAGCGCAGCUACCAGGCUGCGUAUAUACUGCGCACAACCAGAAACAGAUAGUGAUAGUG